AUGAUGUCUAGAGAAUCUUCUGAUUCAGACUUGCCUAUCAUGGAAAAUCCCAUAUUGAUAAAAACCAUAUAAAAUUAGUUUCCUCCCAAUCAUAGGUCAAAUAUUACAGAGUAAUAAGCUAUCUCUUCAGUUCAUUAAAAGAAAAUCAUCUCAAUUUCAAAGAUUAAUUCGUAAGACGAAGAUGAUGAGCUUGAGGAUACUACAGCUUUACAAGUCGAGGAUGAGAAGAGUUAAGAUCAUCAUAUUAAUAAGAUCAGAUUGCUAUAGGUUAAUCUCGGAUAUACUCCCUUGGGUUCAGCCAGACUUUCUGUCAAAAAGGGUAGUUCAAUUAAUAAACCUGAGAACAAAGAAGAAAUACUGAAGGAUAGAGCAAGUAUGUUUAGAAGGUAGCAUACUCAUAAUGUAAAUAUGCAUGGAACUAGAGGAAAUAGUAUUAGUGAAAAGCCCUAGACCAAUAACAUUGCAUAAUCAAUAGAUAGCACUAAAAAGCCAUAAAAUUUCCAGGUUACAAAUCCCAAUAGUCAAAUUUAAUCAGAAAUAUAGAAUAAGGAAGAACUGAUCAAUAUAAAUACUGCCAAAAAAGAUACCAAGUAAGUAGAGCAGCUGGAAAACACACUGAUGCUUAGCAUUGUAGAAGAUGAAAAAUAGCAAUUUCAAUAAUUUAAAGAGACUUUUGUUCCUACAGGGAAACUAGACCUUAUAAAAGAAAAAUAUAAAUUCAGUAAAAAAUUACCCAUGUAUCCCCCUUAAGCCUAAAGCCAAUUGUAGACCUUGAAAACUCAUAAAUUAUUUGGCUUUUAAAGCAAGCAAGGAUCUAAUGGUGGUGGAAGUUCAAGAAUUGGAUCUGAAAGUCAAAGAGCUAGUAUAGUUAGCAAGGCUUAUGAUAUAUAAAAGGAAAUAUAAUAAAAUCCGUCUAAUAACUAGGCGCAAAAUUUAAGGAGAAAAAAAUCUCUACUGCAUCCUAAUUCCUAAAUUCCUUAAAAUAGAGCUAAUACUGGAUCAAUGAUAGGGUCUAUGAAACCUUAAACAGGUAAAAACUAUAAACAAACUCAGUAUAAACCAGACAAUUUAGGACUUAAGUAAUUGACAUUGUAAGCCUCAUCCCUAUUUAAUAUCAGUAUUGAUAAGAUAACUAAUGCAGCAGUUUAAGAAUCUCCCAGUCACCUUUCAAACAUGAAUGUGGGAUUAUUUACUCCAAAGCACAAUGAUCAUCAAAAUGCUAGUCUUAAUACAACCUAGUAAAUAGCAUAAAUUGUCUAAUCAGUUUAACCAUCCGAGAGAAGUAAUUUCCAAUACACUCCAAAGUUCUUCAAACCAAAUGCAGCUAAUAAUGGAGGCCAAUAGACAAUGAAUCACUCUCAUAAUAACUCUCAAACUAACUUUGCAUUAAUGCCCUCUGAUUUUCAUUAGUUGAUGAAGUAAUAAAGUUAGGAUUCGCAGCCAUAUUAUGAAAUAUUUGAUGGUAAAAACAGAUAGAACUCCUCUUUCGAAAGAUUAGAGAAGGAGAUUCUUGAUACGAACAAUUAAUAUCGAUCACCAGUCAAAGAAUACAAGGAGAGUCCUUGUGCAAUGAACUAACGCCUGAAAAAUAAACUAUCAACCCCUAAAUCAGCUAUGUCUGGGGGUAUGACAAACUUCAGUCAAAAUGCAACCAACUAUCAAACUCUGAUCACAAACUCUCAGAACUAAUAUGAGAAGUUCAAUAUGUCGAACAAUAAAAAGGAAAGUAUCAUAGAGAGGCUGAGCACAAACAAUGCAAUAAAUAACCAUAAAAUAACGAAUAUGAAUCAUUAUCCUUACUGA